UAUAUAAAGCUCUGCCACACACCCACACAUCCACUCACACUCAUACCAGGGCACACAGAGACACUCUCACAUCGCAGGCUUUGAAACGCAGUCAUGAAGGUCUUUGUGGCACUUGCACUAACUGUUUUCACCGGUUGCCAUGCCAACCUUCUUUGGGCAGACCAGCCCAAGCCACAGCUGGAGUUGGUGACAGAUGCAUUCUGGGACUAUGUUGCAAAGGCAACACGCACUGCUGAAGAGACUCUUCAGGUGAUCAGACAAUCUGAGCUGGGCCAGGAAGUCAAUGCUCAGAUCACAGAGAGCGCGGAUGUGGCCAGCAAAUACAUUGUCACUCUCCACAGUCAGAUGACCCCUCUGGCUCAAGACUUGCUGACACAACUCUCCCAGGAGGCCGAGCAGCUGAAGGUUCGUCUGGAGAAAGACCUGAUCAACCUGAGGGUCCAGCUGGAGCCCUAUGCUGAGGAGCUGAGGACCAACAUUCAGCAGCAGGUGGAGCAGCUGAAGCAGGAUGUGGCCCCUUAUGUAGAGUCCCUGGAGCCUGAGGCCCUGAAGGCCGCCCUGCUCCAGAAGAGCGAGGAGCUGAAGGGGAGCCUGGAGCAGAGCGUGAAGGAGCUGCAGUCCCAGCUGGACCCCCACACCCAGGAGCUGAAGGAGAAAGUGGAGCAGCACCUGCAGGACUUCCACAAGAGUGUGGCUCCCCUGGCCCAGAGCUUCCAGACCCAGCUGGCCCAGAAAACCAAGGAGAUCCAGCAGAAUCUGGCCCCCUACGGUGAGGACCUGAGAGAGAAGCUGAACCCCUACGCCCAGGACCUGAAGGCCCAGCUCACUGCCCUCUGGGAGUCCUUCACCAAGAAGAACUAGACAUGGAAGGAUCUCUGCUUCAUUCCCCAUGCCUUUCUCUGUAACUCCGUGACUUUGUGACAGCUGAAGAGAAGCUACUUCUCCAGAAUCGUUGUUACUUCGUUCACAUUUCCCACAUUUACAUUUUAUUGGUAAUAUUUUAUUGGUUCUCUUUUAAAUUAGUUAACAUUGCAUAGUAGCAUUGAAUCCAAGGGAAAUGAUGACCUGAGAGUGUAUCCCAACUAAGAUCACAGUCAUUCUGUUAUCCACUGAACCAUGAAAAUACUGUAAUCUUCAAGCACUGAUACCAUUGAUAUCCUAUCAUUUCAAUUAUGUCCUGAAGUAUGUAUUUAUUUAUAUAAUAAUUUAUUGUUAGACACAAAAGAUGUCUUGUCUGCAUAAAUUAUUUAAAUAAAUGUAUUUCCAAAAUUA